AGCCCCCAAAGCGACGCUGACACGCCGAGUGUUCUUACUGGAAACAUCGUGGAACUCUGGACAUUAGUAUCGUGCUUGGAUGCUAUGGUAUACUGCCUGCUCUACUUCCAUACUUUGUUGAAUGAGAACGAUCAGCUGGCCAAGUUCAUUGCAUUCAACCCUUUGCCAUGCCGUCAUCGACAACGGAACGACGCACCCUCCAAAAGCAACGGCCGCGGCAGAGGCGAUGGGCCCCCCAUGUGAGAACAGGGUGCAGAACUUGCAAGAUUCGGAAGACAAAGUGUGACGAGGGCAGACCAAGGUGAGUGACAAGACGGCCGGCUGCCCUCUGAGUGAGACCGUUUUUAUGUAGGUCCUUGACUUACCACGAUGAGUAGUUGUCUAAAGUGCCGCUCAACAGGGCGCAUUUGCGAUGGCUAUGAGGAUAUAGUAAACGACGAGCUGCAUGCCUACGCUCUGUCACAGGGGCCAUCUACCUGGGACUUUCUUUCUCAGGAUGGAGGAGAGAACGAGAACUUCUUCUUUUUCCGUUCGGUCACUACUUUCACCUUGGCUGGAUCCUUCGACACCGACUUUUGGUCUCAUCGGCUAUUGCAGGUCUCCCAUCAUUAUCCAGCUCUCCGGCAUGGCAUGGCCGCACUGGCAUGCAUCCAUCGGGAGUAUGCGACCGAUAGCACCCCUUCUACUCAGUCACGUAUUGGGGAGAGUCGAAAUAUGGAGUUUGCAUUGAGACAGACGAACAAAUCCAUUCAAGCCCUUUUGAAGCUGCUGUCGGAACCUGUGCUAAGUAACCAGGAUAAGAUGGUGGUGCUAGCCACCUGCAUUCUUUACACCUGUAUGUGUAGCCUCCAGGGCCGUCAGUACCAGGCCUUUAUGCAUAUCAACAACGGAUUAAAGCUUUUUCAUCAGUGGGGAGUUGGGGAGAAACUUAACAGUCAGCCCGCCGCUUGGAAGGGAGCUGAUAUGCUUUUACUGGCGUUCAUCCGGUUCGACUCACAGGUGCGUCCAUACUUAGUGGGCCAAACCGCCUCUCUAAGUUGGAACAAUAAUCAAAUCGCUCCAUCACCCAGUACAGCCCCUUUCACCAGUUUACUCGAGGCGUACGUGUCAUUGGAGGCAUUGUUCAAUCGCGUCAUGCGGUUCUUCCUCGGCCAAGACACCAAGGACCCGUGUGUGCAAUCCAGGGCCGCGGAAAAAGAGAUGUAUAUACAGCUCCUGCAUGAUUGGGACACACGUCUAGCCCUCCUUUUAAGCACCACCUCCAAGUCAGAGGAUGGUAGAGCUUUGGAUGUCCUUUCAACCCGACGCAAGUUUGCCAAAGUUCUUCUAUGCACAGACCCAACUCAAAGUGAGCUAGCCCCGGACGCUCUCCUCAACGAUUGCGUCGACAUGAUUGAAGCCAUUACCCGGCUUCUGGAUGAUUCAAACCAGCAAGCGCUGCGGCAAUACCAACAUGCCGAGAAGGCCACAUCCGCAAACUUCAGUUUGGACACUGGAAUCGUCGAGCCCCUAUUCUGGGUCGGGGUCAAAUGUCGUGAGCCUACUAUCCGGCGUCGGGCGUUAGAUAUUUUGCAGCGGUAUCCUCGCCGGGAGGGAAUCUGUGAGGGAAUGAUAGCGGGAAAGAUAGUCGCCAAGGCCAUCGAGAUUGAGGAAUCUGGAUGUCCACAAGCGCUAGCUGAUAUGGGUACCACCAGUCCUUGUACCCAGGGGCAAUGGAUUUGCGAAAUCCAUCGCGUGGCUUCAUGGGAGUUCAAUCUGGUCACCGAGCGGCUGGUGCGUGUUGUGUUGAGGACUGUCGAGGACUGGGCCUUGUCACGUCCAGGGACUGAAUUUACCACCUCUUGGUGGUAGGACGUUACAUGAUAUGAAUGGAUCUACGAUUGAUUGUACGACACGUACAAUAUCGAAUUGGUAUCCUCGCACAGUCAUAUUACCCUAAACUCGAUCCAUAAAUCAUUUGAACUUCUUUUCGAGACUGUAAAGAACUAAAAUAACCUUCCGUGUUCCCCCAGUUCUUCAACAUCUAUGUCUAGAGUU